GGAGCAGCUGCAGGAGGAGCAGGAGCAGCAGCAGCGGCGAUGGAGGAUUGGUGGAAGAGAGCGAAGACCUUCGCCGAGGAAGCGGCGAAGAAGUCCCAGACCCUCGCCACCUCCGCCGCCACCUCCGUCAAGAUCUCCGAUCUCAUCUCCGAGACCGCCAAGAAGUCUCGGGAGCUCGCCCUCGAGGCCUCCAAGAAGGCCGACGAGCUCAAGGCCGCCGCCCUCAAGCAGGCCGACCAGAUCAAGUCCAUCGCCGACUCCAUCUCCCCGCUCGACGCCGGCCCCUCAGCCAAUGCCGCCGCCCCUACCCCUCCCCCGGCGGCCGAGGAGGAGGACCUCGAGAAGCUCGGCGUCACCGGCGACCUGCGGGAGUUCGUCAAGGGGUUCACGCCCGCGACGUUCCAGAACUUCCCGAUUCGAGAUGACGAGGAGGUGGAGGAGGAGGAGUGCGGUGCUGCCGCGGCUGGUUCGAACGUGAGGCGGGAUCUGACGGAGUGGCAAGCGAAGCACGCGACUCUCGUCCUCACGACCGUGAAGGAGAUUUCGCGGCUACGGUAUCAAUUGUGCCCUCGGGUUAUGAAAGAAAGGAGAUUUUGGAGGAUCUAUUUUACUCUCGUGAGCACUCAUGUGGCCCCGUAUGAGAAAAGGUACUUGGAGGACGCCAAGCUCAAGGCUGCGGAGCAAGCUAAAGCUGAGAAGAUGAUGCAGGACCCCGAUGCAGAGACCCAAAAUCCUAAAGUGGUGGAGAAGAGCAUGAAAAGCAGUACAUCGAGUUUGUCUGCUCAGCAAGACUUGGAUACUUUUCUUCUUGGAGAUCUUGAGGACAGUGAUGGAGGCCCAGAUGAUGGUGAAGGGAGCUUUGGUGAUGAUUUUGAUAAGAUCGAAAAUCUGGAUGAUGAGGAUGAGGAGCAUCAGCAGAAACCAACAUGAUCAAGGACUUGGAGGAACAUUCCAUCGUGGUUGUUUGCUAGAGGCUGGAUCGAUUAUAUUUGUAAAUAUGUGUGUUAUCCCACUCCUGUUGCCGCUUUUCAAUUGCUGAUCUAUGGUAUCUGGAGUGAACUUACUCUGUCCCUGUUGCUAUUUUAGACCACUCCCCUAAUUUAUUCGCUCGGAACUUGCAGGCCUGCAUAAGAAAUGGUAAGUGAACAUGAAUAUGAAAAUUUUACAUGGUUGAUUUCUUCUGA